AUGAGUUUUGAAAAGUUAAAAGACAAAAGUGGAAGAGGCUUCUGUUGUACUUCAUUAAAAUCUAAAUAUGCGCUUUCUGACCAAAGGUCAAAGGAAUGCUGUAAAUGCUUUGAAAAUGUCAACGAUGAGAGGCAGAUGAAGAAGCUGUGUGCGAGAGUCCUCGUGGAUGCAGCUUGUCAAACAGACGCAGUCGAGGAGGAGGUAAGGUCCCCCAAUGCUGUCAGAACACGAGACCUAGGCUGCCAGGCUAAUGUACCACCGGAACGGGUCUGCCUCAGCAACAUAUCAUCCUCGGUACCGGAUACAAAGGCUGCUAAAAGUAAGAAAAAUGACGUAGAAAAAUGUUGA